AUGGACACAACCACUUCUUCAACUUUUUCCACAUCAUCUUUGGAUUCCACCACUCCUCCAACUUACCUCACCUCAACUACCACCACUGAGGAAUCCAGCUCCUCUACUGACUCAAGUUCUUCCACAGGCUCAGAAACCUCUUCAACAUACACUAACCCUUCUUCAGGUUACUCCUCAUCCAGCUCCUCUUUGGACUCCAGCACCAGUGAUGAAACAACUACAUCUCCAAUCUACUCCAGCUCUUCCACAGACUCUCCAACUUACUCCAGCUCCUCUAUGGAAUCAACUACCUCUUCAAGUACGGACACAACCCCUUCUUCAAGCUUUUCCACAUCAUCCUUGGAUUCCACCACUUCUCCAACUGACAUCACCUCAACUACCACCACUGAGGACUCCAGCUCCUCUACUUACUCAAGCUCUUCCGUGGGCUUAGAAACCUCUUCAACUUACACCAGCUCUUCUUCAGGCUACUCCUCGUCCAGCUCCAGCACCACUGAGGAAACCACCACGUCUUCAAUCUACUUCAGCUCUUCCACAGACUCUCCAUCUUACCCUACCUCCUCUAUGGAAUCAACCACCUCGUCAAAUGCGGACACAACCACUUCUUCAAGUUUGUUCACAUCCUCCUUGGAGUCGACCACUUCUCCGACUGACAUCACCUCAACUACCACCACUGAGGACUCCACCUCGUCUACUUACUCGAGCUCUUCCAUAGAAACCUCUUCAACCUCCAGCACCAGUGAGGAAGCCACCAUGUCUUCAAUCUACUCCAGCUUUUCCACAGACUCUCCAACUUACUUUACCACAACAUCCUUGGAUUCCACCACUUCUCCAACUUACCUCCCCUCAACUACCACCACUGACGAUUCCACCUCCUCUACUUACUCAAGCUCUCCCACAGAAACCUCUUCAACUUACACCAGCUCCUCUCUGGACUCCAGCACCAGUGAGGAAACAACUACAUCUUCAGUCUACUCCAGCUCUUCCACAGACUCUCCAACUGACUCCAGCUCCUCUAUGGAAUCAACUACCUCUUCAAGGACGGACACAACCACUUCUUCAAGCUCUUCCACAUCAUCCUUGGAUUCGACCACUUCUCCAACUUACCUCACCUCAACUACCACUACUGAGGACUCCACCUCCUCUACUUACUCACACUCUCCAUAG